AGUCCCAAAGUAAAAUGCUCGCUCGCGCUGCUCGGUAGAUAGAGAGGGAAUCCCAACCUCCUCUGUAUUUUUUUUCUCUCUCCAGAACGAUAAACGAUAAACGAGCAGCACACCCUUACUUUACCUGAAGGCGCACAUAUCAUAACAAACGGCACACUUUACACGAUACGAGACGAGACGGAUAGAAGAGACGACACGAGACGGACAGGAUUGAAAACGAAAGAAAGAAAGGCAAGAGCGAUUGAGACAUCAUGAAGUUCGGCCAGCAACUCCGCACGUCCCUGAUCAAGGACUACCAAUACCACUACAUAGCGUACGACGACCUAAAGUCGGAGCUGAAGACACGGCUGUCAGCGCACAGCCAAUGGACCGAGGACGACGAGAAGGCGUUCGUGCGGGUUUUGGAGGCCGAGCUCGACAAGGUGUUCACGUUCCAGAAGGUCAAGAGCGGGGAGAUCGUGCGGCGCAUCAAGGUGUCGCAGAAGGAGGUCGAGGAUGUCAUCAAGCUGCUGGAUUCGCGACGCACUGGGGAACAGGCGCCCACUGAGGAGGACUUUGAAAUGCUCGAGGAGGACCUGAGCGAUAUCAUCGCCGAUGUCCACGAUCUGGCAAAGUUCACGCAGCUCAACUACACGGGCUUUCAGAAGAUCAUCAAGAAGCACGAUAAACAAACCGGCUGGACCCUGCGCCCAAUCUUCUCCGCGCGCCUGAAUGCGAAGCCGUUCUUCCGUGAUAACUACGACGAGUUCAUCGUCAAGCUCUCGAGAUUGUACGACCUUGUCCGUACGCGUGGGCACCCGACGCAGGGAGACUCCUCGGCCGGUGGCUCGCAGCAGAACUUCGUCAGGCAAACGACAAAGUAUUGGGUGCAUCCGGAUAACAUCACGGAGCUCAAGUUGAUUAUUCUCAAGCAUCUUCCCGUCCUGGUGUUCAAUGCCAACAAGGAAUUUGAGAAAGACGAUGCCGCCAUCUCGUCCAUCUACUACGACAACAAAGAUUUCGAGCUGUAUCUUGGCCGUCUCCGCAAGGACGAAGGCGCCGAGGCUGUGCGAUUGCGUUGGUACGGAGGAAUGGAGACGGAACAGAUCUUCGUCGAGCGCAAGACGCAUCGCGAGGACUGGACUGGUGAGAAGUCCGUCAAGGCGCGAUUCUCAUUGAAGGAGAAGAACAUCAAUGCCUUUCUCCGCGGCGAGUAUACCGUUCAACAAGCCUUCGAGAAGAUGCGCAAGGAGGGAAAGAAGAGCGUGCAAGAGAUCGAGUCCCUUGAGGCGCUUGCGAGGGAGGUGCAGUACACUGUGCUUGCCCACAGGCUGCAGCCUGUGGUGAGGAGUUUCUACAACCGCACGGCGUUCCAGCUGCCGGGCGACGCCCGCGUGCGUAUCUCGCUCGAUACAGAACUUUCGCUCAUCCGUGAGGAUAACUGGGACGGCAAGCAGCGCUCAGGAAAGGGCUGGCGCAGGACUGAUAUCGGAAUCGAUUUCCCGUUCAGUCAGUUGCCAGCGGCAGAUAUCGAGCGUUUCCCAUACGCCAUACUCGAGGUGAAGCUGCAGACACAGGCGGGACAGGAACCACCGGAGUGGGUCAAGGAACUCACCUCUUCCCAUCUCGUCGAGGCCGUCCCCAAGUUCUCAAAGUUCAUCCACGGAUGCUGCACGCUGCAUCCCGACAAGAUCGAUCUUCUCCCCUACUGGGCACCGCAGAUGCACAUCGACAUCCGCAAGCCCAUCACGCAUCGCUUCGGCAUCGAGCGGCCGAACCAGAGCGCAUCCGUCUCCACAUCCGACGACCCAUCGGAUACCGAAGAUGAAGACGACGCCCCCUCGGCCACCCAAACCCCCGCCAACGGUGCCGAGCCGCGCCUCAUCGACAUCACCGAAUCCAACGGCAACGGCCACACCACCACCGCGGUCACGCACCAAGGCGGCAACGGCGUAAUGGACGAAGAAGAGCGUCUCGCAGUGGACAACCAAGAGACCGAAGACUACCCGAUCUACGACUCGGAAGCCUCUGACGACGAAGACGACACACCGCUGCGCCGGCGGCGCCAGCCGGGCCUUACCAAGCGUGUGCAACGCGCCGGAACCUUAGCCCUCCACUACCUCAGCUACCUCAUCCCGCGUCCGCGGUCCACCCAAGUCGAGAUCCCGACGCUCCUCUCGGGCACCGUCUACGCGCGCAAAUUCCGGGCACCUCCGGGCAAGCGCAUUUUCGUCCCCGUGCGCGUGGAGCCAAAGGUGUACUUCGCGGCGGAGCGCACGUUCCUCUCGUGGUUCGAGUUCGCAAUCAUCAUGUCGGCGGUAGCCACGACGCUACUGAACUUCGCAGCGGACACCACCGGCGCCCUGCUCUACGCCUCCCUCGGCUUCACCAUCACCGCAGUCGCAAGUCUCGUCUACGCCGCCGGAUUGUAUCUCUGGCGCGUAAGAAUGAUGCGUGCUAGGCGCGCCGUGGGCUACCAUGAGAAAUAUGGACCUACCAUACUCUGCGUGCUCAUGGUGGUCGCCAUCGCGGUCAACUUUGUCGGCGCUAUGAAGGGGAAGGUCGGCGCGCCUGGGAAGGUGGGGAAGUUGGAGUUGUAGAUAUGGAUAUGGAUGGGGAUGAGACAACUAACUGCUUAACUGCUUAAGUAUGCGUAUGCGUUUGCGGUGAAUGCUUGGUUUUGUUUUGUUUUGCGUGUGGUUGUUUUUUUUACUUGCGUGCGUGCGUGAGUGUGUUUUUUUUUGUCGAGUAUUGAGGCUAUGAUGGAGAUGGGAAUUGAAUUGAUGGGGUGUUUCUCGUAAUGAUUUCUCGGUGCCGACAAUGGUGAUACAUGCUGGUCAUUGGUCACUGGUUAUGAAGUUGCGGAUUUUGAGGUAAUUGCCUACAUAAUGCUUUUGCAUUGAGUGCGUAUUUACUUGCGUGAGUGCGUGAGUGCGGUUUUUGUCGAGUAUUGAUGCUAUGAAGGAG